AUGAACGCUGCGGUGCACACCCUCAUGUAUUCCUAUUACCUCUUGAGAGCCUUGGGGGUGUCAGUGCCUCGAGGAAUCAUGAUGUUCAUUACUAUUUCUAAGAUCGCGCAGAUGGUGCUGGGCAUAGUGGUUUUUGCAUACGUGACCGUCACGAAACUGCAAUGGCACAAGUGCAACAUGUCCAACCUGAUAUUGACGUGCGCAAUUUUGAUGUAUCUAAGCUACUUCGUCUUGUUCGUGGAUUUCUUCCGCAAGACUUACAGAAAGCCACCCUCUUCUCUGAAAGAAAAUGAGCCUUCCCCCCAUAACGUGGAGGAGAAAGUCGGCAUUCAGUCUGUCGGCGGGACAACAGCGUUCGAGAACAGUUCCGCGAUCUUUCGGAGAAAGCUGUUGACUGGGGGCACUUCUGCCGGAGUCCCUUACAGCGAUUUCAUUCAAUGA